AUGGCAACAGCUGCUUGUCUGAACUUGCGGAGACGUUUCAGGCACUGCGCUAUAGAGCCGGUUCGCAGGUUCUCCCAUUCUAUCUACGCAGAUGCACUGUGGCAGAUCCUCUCACUAGACGAGUCGGACGCAGGCGAAGGAUGGUUUACCGUGCUCAACGUCAAGAACUCCUUCCUUCAAGUAGAUAUGGGCUGCACCCUGAAGAAGUCCGCUUCGUUCCCCAGCUUUGACAUGGACCGAGAGCGGACUGAGAUUCGAAAUCAGGCUGCCAUCUUGGUGCAGUCGUUGCAGUCUCCGAAGUCGCAGGAUGCUCGCAAUCCGGACGGCGGAGCAGAGUGUGAGAGUCCAGCAACCAGCUCCGUGAGCACCGAUGCUGCCAGUGGAGGCUUCCCAGAAUCUGGGGCAGAGCAUCCCGAGAUUCCCGCAAAGGACGAUCAGCUUGCCCAGAGCAUGACCCAGACAUCUCUUGUCCUGCGUAAUAUUCCAAGUGACUACACCAGACAGGCUUUGCUCGAUCUCUUCCGAAAGCUGCACAUCCUCGAUCUCGUGAACUUCCUGUACUUCCCGAUUCGCGGGCGUGACGGCUCCUCGUUGGGCUAUGCCUUUGUCAAUGUGAGGAAUCUCGAUGCCGCGGCCAAGUUCACCUCCAAGAUCGAAGGCUGGCCACUUGCAGGCGCAGCUUUGCUAACGUCGUGCGGAUUGCAAUGCAGAAUAGUCCCAGACGAUACGCAAGCAGCUGCCACAGAUCGCAUGUAG